AUGUUUGCAGGAACAUUAUUAGGUUCUAUAAGACAUCACGAUAUUAUACCUUGGGAUGAUGAUGUUGAUAUUAUGGUACCCAAUGACAAACGAAAAAUUUUAAAUAAUGAAUUUAAAAAAAUAAAUAAAAAAUUAAUUGGAUUUGCUUUAAAUAAUGGUGGAUCAAAAAAGGAAUAUGAUAAACUAUAUUAUAAUAUUACUCAAAUUGCUGGAAAAAAGAAAUGGCAUUUUCCUUUUGUCGAUAUUUUCUUUUAUGAACAAAAUCAAACUCAUUUAUGGCGUUUAUUGGAUUUAAAUAAAUCAUUUCGAACAAGAUAUAUUUUUCCAUUAACUUUAAGACCACUUGGAUACUUAUGGAUACCAGCACCAAGAGAACCUAAACGUUUAAUUGAGUUUGAUCCUUUUGAUAAAUGUAAAACUCAUCAGUGGAAUCAUAGAAAUGAAACUGGACAAAAAGUAGUAACAGUUGAAUGCAAUCGUCUAAAAGAUAUUUAUCCAUUUGUUGAACCAAAUAAGAAAAAGAGAUGGAUUGAAAUUUUAAAAAUUAAUAAUACUAUUAUUCAUACAGUUGUUUUUACGUUAUAA